GCCCCGGCUGCCCAGGCGGGAGCGCAGAGCCCGGGAACCGCAGCGCAGGGACCCCGGGGCUGGCGGCCGGGAACCGCUCCGCGCUGCCGUGGGUGCUGAGGACCAGCUGCUGCUCUGGGCGCUGGGGACAGGCUGCUGCCGAGCCCGCUCUCCGCCGCAGAUGUCCCGGGAGCCGCGGCAGCGCUGUGCCCCGCUGAUCCCGCAGGCCCGCGGCGGGCGGGCGCAGCGCGCCGUGUACCUGCUGCUGGCGCUCUGCGCCGGGGCGCUGCUCCUCGCCGGGCAGCCCCUCGUGUCCACCGCCCGCAGCCUCACCUUCCACUUCGCCACCCUGCAGAUCGGGGCGCUGCUCAAGGGCACCUGCUACCUGGCCGAGGAGAUCUUUCACCUCGACUCCAGGCACCACGGCAGCUUCUGGAGGGCCCUGAGCACCUGCUUCCCCCUGCGCUGGCACGGGGCCAUGCUGCUCGUCUGUGGCUCAGCCUACGUGGCUCUCCUCGGUGAUGGGCAGCCACUCGGCCUCCACCUCAUCCUGGCCAGUCUGUGCCAGCUCCUCAUCCUUGCCCUGGGGCUCCAGAAGCCCUCAGCAGUGGAGAUGUCUGAGAUGUCUGAGAGGUCCAAGCAGAACGUUGCUCAUGGACUUGCCUGGUCCUAUUAUGUUGGAUACCUAAAAAUAGUCCUGCCACGGAUGAAAAAGUCCAUGGAGGAAUUCAGCAGAGCAAAUCCCAACCUGCUGGCAUGCAGGAAGACCUGGAAGCUCCACAUCUUGGUCCCUCUGAGCUGUGAUGUCUAUGAUGAGCUGGAGAAAGCUGACAGCAACAUCCAGUACGUGACAGACCUCACUGAAACCACUCUGGCCCGAGCUGGCACCAAGAAGAGGGUCUACAAACACAGCCUCUAUGCAAUCAGGGAUGAAGAAAACCAGCUCUGGCACUGUGCUGUGGAAUAUGCCACCCCGCUGCAGUCCCUCUACGCCAUGUCCCAGGAUGAGUGUGCUGCCUUCAGCCGGGAGGAGCGCCUGGAGCAGGCCAAGCUUUUCUACAGGACCUUGGAGGAGAUCCUGAAAGGCUCCAAGGAGUGUGCAGAUGCCUACAGGCUCAUUGCCUAUGAGGAGCCAAGAGAAGCAGAGACCCACUUUCUGUCCAGAGAGAUCGCGUGGCACUUGCGGCAGGAGCAUCACGAGGAGAUCGCCGUGCUCGAGGGAAGUCACACGCACACCCCAUCCACGGCCCUGGACUCAGCAGACCUCAACCUCCAGAUCAGUGUGUCAGACCUGCCACAGCCACUGCGCACUGAUGGCUUCUAACACACCUCCUCACCACGCCCUGGGGCUCGGGUCACCUCUCCCCAACCCCCUUCCCCUUGGAGCAUGUGCUACGCAUGGCUGCAACCCCCAGCUCCCACCCAAACCUCCAGGGCACCACGGUUACUGGAGCAGCUGACUCAGCCCACAGCCCUGUGACAUGCUUCCCAUUUUCUUUGUUAUGUUCAGCUCAUAUGUUCUUCUGUGGGUGUAUUGUUUCUUUUUAUCUGCCUUCAUUUGUGUCAUAUAAAGCACUUUCCUCUCUGGGACAAGUUGCACUAUCCUAAAUUUUGGGCACGAUGUGCAGUCUUGCCCACAUGGGAUAGGAAAAGGUUUUUCUCUCAGAGGGUGGUCAGGCACUGAACAGGAUCCUCAGGUAAUGGUCAUGGCUCUAAGG